CACCGACACCGCUCACACCUUCAGGUUGCUAGAGCUGGACUCCAGCAAGUGUCGCACAGAACAGGGGACACUGAACGCUUGCAGUUUGGCAAUAAAAGCAGGACUCCUUUGGACGGCACCUUGAAGUCUCACGUGUGGGUGGACACACUGCCUGGGACUUCUCAGUUGAGGACUCCAGAGUGCUAUUCCAGGGUCUUCCAGCAUUGCCUGAAUCUGGAUGUAGGUUUAUUGUAACAUGAGCAAAAAUGGUGCUCAGUCUGAAUGUUAUUCUGUUCCUAACUUUGCAUCUCUUGCCUGGAAUGAAAAGUUCAAUGGUAAAUUUGAUUAACAAUGGGUAUGACGGCAUUGUCAUUGCAAUUAACCCCAGUGUGCCAGAAGAUGAAAAACUCAUUGAAAACAUUAAGGAAAUGGUAACUGAAGCUUCUACUUACCUGUUUUAUGCCACCAAACGAAGAGUUUAUUUCAGGAAUGUGAGGAUUUUAAUUCCAAUGACCUGGAAAUCAAAAUCUGAGUACUUCAUACCAAAACAAGAAUCAUAUGACCAGGCAGAUGUCAUAGUUGCUAAUCCUUAUCUAAAAUAUGGAGAUGAUCCCUAUACACUUCAAUAUGGAAGGUGUGGAGAAAAAGGAAAAUAUAUACAUUUUACUCCAAACUUCUUGUUGACUGAUAAUUUCCACAUCUAUGGGUCCCGAGGUAGAAUAUUUGUCCAUGAGUGGGCCCAUCUCCGCUGGGGAGUAUUUGAUGAGUAUAAUGUGGACCGGCCAUUCUAUAUUUCCAGAAAGAACACUAUUGAAGCAACAAGAUGUUCAACUCAUAUUACUGGUACUAAUGUGGUUUUCAAGAAGUGCCAGGGAGGCAGCUGUAUAACAAAGCCAUGCAGACGUGACUCACAGACAGGGCUGUACGAAGCAAAAUGUACAUUCAUCCCAGAAAAAUCCCAGACUGCAAAGGAAUCCAUUAUGUUUAUACAAAGUCUCCAUUCUGUGACCGAAUUUUGUACAGAAAAAACACACAAUACGGAAGCUCCAAACCUACAAAACAAAAUGUGCAAUGGCAAAAGUACAUGGGAUGUAAUCACGAACUCUGUUGACUUUCAGAAUACAUCUCCCAUGACAGAAAGGAAUCCACCGACUCGUCCUACAUUUUCAUUGCUCAGGUCCAAACAGCGGGUAGUCUGUUUGGUACUUGAUAAAUCUGGAAGCAUGUCUUUAGAAGACCGUCUCAUUCGAAUGAAUCAAGCAGCAGAACUAUACUUGAUUCAAGUUAUUGAAAAGGGAUCUUUAGUUGGGAUGGUUACAUUUGACAGUGUUGCUAAAAUCCAAAAUCAUCUAACAAGAAUAACUGAUGAUAAUGUUUACCAAAAGAUCACUGCAAAUCUGCCUCAAGAAGCUAAUGGUGGAACUUCAAUUUGUAGGGGGCUCAAAGCAGGAUUCCAGGCAAUUAUCCACAGUAACGAGAGUACUUCUGGUUCUGAAAUCAUACUAUUAACUGAUGGGGAAGAUAAGGAAAUUAAUUUAUGCUUUGAGGAUGUAAAACAAAGUGGUGCAAUCAUCCACACCAUUGCUCUGGGACCUUCUGCUGCCAAAGAACUGGAGACACUGUCAAAUAUGACAGGAGGAUAUCGUUUUUUUGCCAAUAAAGACAUAAAUGGCCUUACUAAUGCUUUCAGUAGAAUUUCAUCUAGAAGUGGAAGCAUCACUCAGCAGGCUAUUCAGUUGGAGAGCAAAGCCUUGAACAUUACAGGAAGGAAAAGAGUAAAUGGCACAGUGCCCGUAGACAGUACAAUUGGAAAUGACACUUUCUUUGUUGUCACAUGGACAAUAAAAAAACCAGAAAUUGUUCUCCAAGAUCCAAAAGGAAAGAAAUAUAAAACCUCAGAUUUCAAAGAAGAUAAGUUAAAUAUUCGGUCUGCUCGUCUGCGAAUACCUGGUAUUGCAGAGACAGGUACUUGGACUUACAGCCUUCUAAAUAAUCAUGUCAGCUUUCAAAUGCUAACAGUGACAGUGACCACUCGAGCAAGAAGUCCUACUACACCCCCAGUAACUGCAACAGCUCACAUGAGUCAACAUACAGCCCAUUACCCUAGCCCAGUGAUUGUUUAUGCACAAGUCAGUCAAGGGUUUUUGCCUGUACUGGGAAUCAGUGUAAUAGCCAUUAUAGAAACCGAAGAUGGACGUCAAGUAACAUUGGAGCUCUGGGACAAUGGUGCAGGUGCUGAUACUGUCAAGAAUGAUGGCAUCUACUCAAGAUAUUUUACAGAUUACUAUGGAAAUGGUAGAUACAGUUUAAAAGUACAUGCACGGGGAAGAGACAACACGGCUAGGCUAAAUUUAAGACAACCACAAAACAAAGCUCUGUAUGUUCCAGGCUACAUUGAAAAUGGUAAAAUUAUACUGAACCCACCCAGACCUGAAGUCAGAGAUGACCUGGCAAAAGCUAAAAUAGAAGACUUUAGCAGACUAACCUAUGGAGAGUCAUUUACUGUAUCAGGAGCUCUUCCUGGUAAUCACCCUUCUGUGCUCCCACCCAAUAAAAUUACAGAUCUUGAGGCUAAAUUCAAAGAAGAUUAUAUUCAACUUUCAUGGACAGCCCCUGGCAAUGUCCUAGAUAAAGGAAAAGCCAACAGCUACGUUAUAAGAAUAAGUAAGAGUUUCAUGGAUCUCCAAGAAGAUUUUGACAAUGCGACUUUAGUGAAUACUUCUAAUCUAAUACCUAAGGAGGCCGGCUCAAAAGAAAAUUUUGAAUUUAAGCCAGAACAUUUUAGAGUAGAAAAUGGCACCAAAUUCUAUGUUGCAGUCCAAGCCAUCAAUGAAGCCAAUCUCAUCUCAGAGGUUUCUCACAUUGUACAAGCAAUCAAGUUUAUUCCUCUACCAGAAGACAGUGUCCAUGCUCUGGGUACCAAGAUUUCUGCAAUCAGUUUGGCAAUUUUUGGAUUACCAAUGAUUUUCUCUAUAUUUUAAACUAGGAAUUGUGUCAGCACUGAUAACCAAUGUUAUACAUAGUUGGUACACAUUUAUUUAGGAUUUAAUUUGCUAUUUUCUUGUUGUUCAGUUGCUACAUUGUGUCCAACUCUUAGUGACCCCAGGACUGCAGCAUGCCAGGUUUCCCUGUCCAUCACCAACUCCCAGGGCUUGCUCAAAUUCAUGUUCAUUUGAGUCAGUAAUGCUAUCUAACUGUCUCAUCCUCUGCUGUCCUCUUCUCCUUUUACCUUCAAUCUUUCCCAGCAUUGGGAUCUUUUUCAAUGAAUCGGCUCUUGGCAUUAGGUGGACAAAAUAUUUGAGUUUUCAGCAACAGUUCUUCAAAUGAAUAUCCAGGGUUGAUUUUUCUUUAGGAUUGACUGGUUUGAUCUUAGAGUCCAAGGGACACUCUAGUGUCUUCUCCAGCACCACAGUUCGAAAGAAUCAGUACUUUGGUAUUCAGCCUUCUUUAUAGCCCAAUGCUCACAUCUAUGCAUGACUACUGGAAAAACCAUAGCUUUGACUAAAUGUAUCUUUACUGGCAAA